AUGCCCUGCUCGGGCCUGGCCGCGGGUACCGGAGCCUCGACGGCAUGCAGCGCGGCGGGCAAGGCGGCAGGGCGGAGCGGCGCAGUGGAGGUCGGUAGGGUCGGCGCAGGAGGAGCCCGGGCGCCCCCCUUAGCAGGUGGUGCUCGCCCUGCCCGGCCGCACCGGAGCACCGGGGCCACAGUCAGGGCUGAGCAGCGGCCGCCUCGGGCUGCGCCGGCGCCGGUGCCCGCGCGAUGGCGCUGUGUGAAGGGGAAGACGCCGGGAUGGGUCGGGCGGGUGGUCCGGUCCCGGCCCCGAGGAGCGGCCUCGAGCUUGGUCCCAUCGCGAUGGCAGCCGCUGGGAAGGGAGCUCAGGCCGCGAGUGAGCAGGGAGACGGGAGUCCUCGCCUGCGGAAGCCGCUCUCCCCUUGCCGAAUUAGCCCGCUUCGGCGGUGCCUGCUGCUGCCUCCGACCGCGCGGGCACUCGGCGCUGCCCUACCGGGGCUGCGGGACCACCCCGCUCCCAUUCUGCCGGCCGCUGCAUCGUCGCGGCAGCUCUGGGCCUCCUCGCUUCGAAGUAGUGCCCGCGGGGGGCAGGCCGGCGCCCCCCGACACCCAAGUGUGCGGCGGCCGGAGUCCCUCCUCGGCCCUGGCCGCAGCGCUCCGCCGCGCCGCGGGGGCACCAGCCCGGCGGUGGGGUUGGCGUCCCACGGACGCCGCGGCCUCCAGGAGGCACUGGGCGGAACGGGAGGAAGCCGGCGGAGGGGAGAGCGCACGGGAGCCCGGCGGGUUCUGUCGGGGACGGCGGUGCUUUCGGGAGCAGCUGUGCGGGGUGAGGGCGGCCCCGGCCCGGGGGCAGCACCGCGGGCGGCCGAGGCGCGGCAGCCCACGGCAGCCCCAGCUGCAGCCGCCCGCCUCUGAAGCCUGUGCAGGGACGGCAGGAGGAGACCUGGCCGGCGGCAGCCGCUGCAGAGCUCUCUCCUCCUCCGCAACCUCCGCUUUCCCGGCACCGGCGCUCGCUCAUCCGACAGCUCCCGGACCCCCGAACCCGGGCGGCGUCCCCCCGCCCUUGCCUUCCGCUGGCCCCCGCCUCUUUUCUGGCUCCCCCAAACUUCAGCCGGCGGCGGGUCCGGCUCCCACCCCCGUUCGCGGCUUGCUUGUCCCGAGGAAGGCUGAUACCGCAUCCAGACUUUGGCGGCGGAUUCCCCUGCCCCUUCUGAGGAGAGGAGAGACGCGAGUGCAUCGGCCGGGGCUGGAGAAGCCGCACUUGGCGCUGCUUUUCGGGGCAGAGCUCUUAAGGGGGCACGGCGGGGAGGGCGGUGCCCUGAAGGGAGCCAGCGGCGGACGGGAGGUGUGUGUGUGGGGGGCGGCGGUGGGCAUCCCGGUGCCCACCGCCGCCACUACUUCCCCACCACCUCCCUUCCGCCUCCCCCCUCCCGCGCUGGAGGAGAUUUCCUCGGUCCACCUUAACACGGGGCUCGUUCCGCCGCCGGGCGGGGAGGGCUCGGCGGUUCGGGGCCGCCGGCUCAUUCCCCUGCGCCCCCCGGGCCGGGCAGGGGGCGCUGCGAGCCCUCGGGGCGCGCUGCCGGGCAUGGCCCCGCCGGGGGAAGCGCCCGCGCCGCCACCGCCCGCCGCGGGGAGCGGCGCGGUGCACCUUACACCCGAGGGGGAGGUGGCUGCUGCCGAGCGACCGGCGAGGCGACCGAGCCCGCCCCGCCGCGACUUCCCCGCCGGAGCCCUUCUCUUCCCGCCGGCUGCACUUAGGCAGCGCUGUCAUGCCCUACCCGGAGCACAGCUAUUAAAUAAUUUAGCGGUGGCAGCAGCAGCGCUUCCCUGCCGGCUUGUCACCUCCUCCCGGCCCCCACCAUCAAUUAUUCAGGGCCAGCCUGGUAACUGCCUGGAGCCGGGCGCGGGGACUAGAGCGGCAGUUGGGCCCUACCUGCGGCCGUGCCGUGCCGCCCGCUCUCAGCUCCCCGGAGGAAGCGGGACCGGCCCUCGGGGUGGCAGCCCCCGCCGCACCGGAAAAGUUGCUGUCGCCUCGCCCCGGCCGGGAGAGGUGGCGGGAGGGCUCCCGCCGUCGCUCGUCGCCCCGCGAGGGUCGCGGUGUGGCAGGAGGUGCUGCUCGCUAGAGGCUUUCUCGCCAGCAGCCGGCUACUCGGUGGCUGCACAGCUGGCCGGCGCGGGGGGGCCGUGCCAGCGGGGCAGCCAGGACUGGCAGCCUCUUCCCCGCGGCUCCCGGGGGCGGGCCGGGGCUGAGGCCGGACCCGGGGCGCACCACCUGGCCGCGACGGGCGGGUGGGCUGUCCGCCGGCCUGCCCGCCGCGAUGGGGGGCCGGGAAGCAGCGCUGACUGCCUCUGCCCGCCGCAGGUUGGGGCCGUGCAGCGGGACCCGCGGGCCGAGCUGGUAAGGCGGUCCGGCCGGGCCGGGGCCGUCGAAGCCGAGCUGUUCGCUUUCAGCGGGGGUGCCUUCUCCGGCGGUGGGCGCGGGGCGGCAUCACGCUCGGCCGGGCACUCGCCCGGUUUCGCUGGGCUGAGCCGUCCGGGGGACACGCUGUGGGGGCCUUGGCGGGCGGAAGGGGACCCGGUGCCGGGCGGCGGUCCGGGCCGGCGGUCGCUGAAGCGCUCCUUGUUUCUCUUCCCCUAG